UGCCAACAGUCUACUGUAACUUUCCUGUGAAGUGGUGGCUGCAUUGCUGGUGGGGUGUAUCCAACUGUCAAUGUACGUCAUGUGCUGUGUGCUGCAUGUAGUAGUGUGAAGUUAAAGAGAGCAGAUUGGAACGUGAGAGAUAGUUAAUUGGCGAUUUCUGAAGAAUUACUGUAGUGGCUUGGCAGUUAUGGAUGGUUUUGGUGAUAAUUUCGAUCAACCUGAAGUUGAUCCAGCAGCAGAAUUCCUAGCUAGAGAACAAGAUCAGCUUGCCGGAUUGGAGGAUGAAUUAAAUCCUGGAAAUGCGCCACCUGCUGCAGACGAUGCCAUGUUUGGUACACAAGGUUCCGCCCCUCUCACUGGUAGUUUUGAGAUGAUUGAUAAUUUUGGACAACAGGAUGGCUUAGGACCAGACCUUUUAUCAUCGGCUCCAGGUGUUCCUUCAGAGGUGAAAGCAGAAUCAGAGCCACUUGAUGCAGAAUCAAAGGAAACUGAAGCAGAAAAUUCAGGUAGUGAAGAUGCUGCAGCUGCUGUUCUUGAUGUUGAUAAUUACGCUGGUGGUGGUGACGACUCUGCUACAUGUGAUGAUGGUGAAACUGCUGCCACAGACAGAGGUGCUGUUGUGGAGUGUGAUGGCUCUGUAGCUGCUGCUGAAGGUUUUGCCUCUGUAAUAGAUUCUACUGUUGAUGAUGAUUCUGUGGCUAGUGAUGCAAAAGUUCAGCUGGAUGGUUUAACUAGUCAGCCAAAAAUAUUUUCGACACCAACACCUCCAAAACCGGUUGUAAAGGAAGAACCAGAAAAAAUUAGGAAGUGGAGGGAAGAACAGAAGAAACGCCUUGAGGAGAAAGAUGCUAAUGAAGAAAAACGGAAGGAAGAACUACGGGAGCAAGCUAAGAAAGAGCUGGAAGAAUGGUAUAAGCAUCAUGAGGAGCAGAUAGCCAAAACAAAGGCGGCAAAUCGGAAUGCUGAGAAACAGUUUGUUGCUGAAGCAGGAGAAAUUGAGCCAGGCACUGAGUGGGAGAGGAUUGCAAAGCUGUGUGAUUUCAACCCUAAAUCAAGCAAGACCAGUAAGGAUGUCUCCCGCAUGCGUUCCAUUAUUCUUCAGUUGAAACAGACUCCUCCUGCAGCUAAGCGUGCUUGAGGAUAUAUUCAGCAAACUGAAUAAACAACAGGUCACCUUGUAGUUAAGAAAUGUUGUUAACUGUCGAAUCAUUACCUAAACAUGUAGGGAAUAUCUGAAAAAUUCUAUAUUUUCAUGUUGAAAAUAAAUGCCUCACUUCA